AUGGCUGAAGUAGUUCAGGGCCCACCUACAUGUUCGAGUCCAGCCUGGCGAGGAGCUACCAGAAGCGACUGCGCCACUUCCAGUGCGCCAUCUGUGUUAUCUUACUUGUCCUGCUCUCCAUAUCGCUGCUGAUCAUGGUCUCGUACAACCUGAGCACCGACCCCGACGACGGCAACGGCACAGCUCCCAGGAACCUCUCACUCCUCAGGUUGGGUGUCGAUGAUGACCUGCUUCCUCUGCUGAACCAAUCUUGGCCAUUGGAUGGCGAAAUGUCCCCAACAUGGACAGUUCCGAAUCUGACAUCACAAGCUGUAGCGGCGGCGGUGGUACGAGGCAAGGACGCACUCAAGAGGAGGAGGCUGAUGGAACGCAACCUGGUGCCGCUGGCGACUGACUCACCAGCCUCCAGAGCUCAGAGGGCUGCUGCAACGUCUUCCAGUGUGAAGCCUUUGGCUGAAACGGCUUUCGCUGCUGAAGAAGCUACCAGAGCUUUGUUGAAUGGAACCGAUCUCACCAAGUCUAAUGCUGGAAUAGGAUUAGGUCCAUCAACGAACAGUUCGUUCUCCGAGCCUGCCUACUGCCGCCCGCCCGUCUCUCCCUGCACGCUCUCCAGAUACAGAAGUCAAGAUGGUUCCUGCAAUAACCUGGAGCAUCCCAUCACCUGGGGCGUCGCUAGCACGCCCUUCAGACGAGCGCUGCCGGCAGUGUACGGAGACGGCAUCAGCUCGCCUCGGGAGGGUGUGGAUGGAGCCAGCUUACCUAGUGCUCGUGACGUCAGCGUCACCGUCCACCGACCGAGCUACGCGCACGACACGCAGUUCACUGUCAUGCUGGCGGUGUGGGGGCAGUUCAUCGACCACGACAUCACUGCCACUGCGUUGAGCAAAGGUGAGAACAGCAGCUCAAUAUCCUGCUGCAACUCUAACACCACGCAUCCAGAAUGCUUCCCCGUGCGGCUUGAUAAAGAGGAUCCAUUCUACCAGGACUACAACCUCACCUGCAUGGAGUUUGUGCGUUCCGCUCCGGCGCCUACCUGCCAUUUUGGACCUCGUGAACAACUUAAUCAAGCAACGGCCUUCCUCGACGCUUCAGCAGUGUACAGCUUCUCGGAGAUCAAGUCGUACCAGCUGCGUGAGGGUAUAGAUGGACAGCUUCGGAUGCUGAAGCUCGGACCCUGGGAGCUGCUGCCUCCGUCCACUGACCCCAACGACGGCUGCAACACUGUUGAGAUGAAUGCUAAAGGACGAUACUGUUUUGAAUCUGGUGAUGAUAGAGCUAACGAGAACCUCCACCUUACCACGAUACAUCUGAUCUGGGCGCGCCAGCACAACAGAGUGGCGGCCAUCAUGAAGAAGCACAACCCGGCCUGGGACGACGAGACCGUGUUCCAGGAGGCGAGGAGAAUAGUUGGGGCACAGAUGCAGCAUAUCACUUACGCGGAAUUUCUGCCUGCCAUACUUGGUCAAGAUGUGAUGUGGGCGCUCAACCUCACUCUGGCGGAGUACGGGCACGCGGACGUGUACGACCCCUCGGUGGACCCCUCCAUUGCCAACCACUUCUCCGCCGCCGCCUUUAGAUUCGCUCACACCCUCCUACCGGGCCUCAUCCACAACGUGGACUCUAGCACCGGCACCAUCAGCUACACGCACCUGCAUGAGAUGCUCUUCAACCCGUACGCUCUGUACACGGAGAAGGGUCCCAAGUACGCGAUGCGGUCGGCUAUGAACACGCCGGUGCACGCCGUCGACCCGCACAUCACUUCAGAGCUAAGCGAGCAUCUGUUCGAGAGAUCUCCCGCCAACGCGUCGUCAGUGACUCCCUCCCCUCACCCCCUGCCGUGCGGCCUGGACCUGGUCUCGCUCAACAUCCAGCGCGGCCGCGACCACGGGCUGCCCGCCUACCCUGCGUGGCGCGAGCACUGCGGGCUCUUCCGACCAACCAACUUUACUGAUCUCAAGAAGAUUUUCGACCCACAGUCGUUCAACAGGAUUUGUAAGAUCUACAAGAGUGUGGACGACAUCGACCUGUACAGCGGCGCGCUGGCGGAGGAGCCGCGCGGGCGCCUGCUGGGGCCCACGCUCACGUGCCUCGUGGCCGACCAGUUCCUGCGCCUGAAGGUCGGCGACCGCUUCUGGUACGAGACGAGCGACGAGAUCAUCGGCUUCUCUGUAGAGCAAUUGAUAGAGAUACGCAAAACAACAUUAGCUGGUGUGAUUUGCGCAAACGAAGAACUACUUGACCAGGCACAACCCAGGGUCAUGGAAGCUCUAAGCGCCACCAACCCUCUGGUAGACUGCAAGGAACUGCCGCAGCCUGACUUCAAGCCCUGGAAGAUCCCUGGACCGCCAACUCCGGCGCCUCCGCCACGAAAACCCGCACCCAAAAAGCCCUGGAUCAAAAUGUCUAAAUCUGGACAUAAUUGAAGAAAUAAGUAGAUAUAAUCGUUAUGAUUUUAUUUGAAAUUUACUAUACGGUGUACCUUAUUAAAACUCUGAAGGCAAGAAUUUAUAACUUUAGAGUUAUGGAACUUUUUUUGAUUUCUAUUUAUUUAACUUUAGGUAAAUAAUUAUCUCCUACAUUUUAAAUUAUUUUUUAACGUCCUUACAAUCAAACCCUUAAAUAAUAAGUAAAUAUUACCUACCCACUUUGUAAAAAAUCCUUGCCAAAAGUAAAAAAUUAAUAAAUAGGUAGAGACGUGAAAAUGUUAUGCAAUUUAAAUUAUUAUAAUAUUGAUAUUAUUUUAUAUUAAUUUCUUUUACUACUACUCUAUUUUAAAGACAGCUCUUCUUACACGUAGACAGGAUAAUUUAUAUAAACAGUUACAAUACGCUUAAAAAAUAUAAAUAAUACUUAUUAAGAUAUAACGCAUUUAAAUAUUAUGUUGACACAUAAUAUUAUAAUAGGGAAUUAAAUGCAAUAAUAUACUUAAUAAUUACCUAAAUAUUUUACAAGAUUCUAACGAAGACCUUAGAAUUUUAGAGAAUUUAACUUAACCUUUACGUUGUAAGCAAUGUAUGUAAUUAAUUAAAUAUAAAAAUAUAUAGUUAAGAAAUAAUUAGAUUUAAGAUUUUUAAUGUUCGAGUAAAAUGAAGGACUUCUUUCAUACAAUAUGUUAAUACAAUAAUCCUAAUAUAUUUGCCUAAGAGAUUUUUACCAUAGUAAUAUGUAGUAUAAAUAGAUAGUUAUGUAAUUAAUACAAUAUACAUACUUAUCUGUGAAUCACUACUGUGCCAAAAUCACGAAGUAUAAAAUUAUGACUUCAAAAUGAUAAGUAAAAAGUAAAAGUAGUAUUUCUUUUAUCCAAAACACUGUGUGGUAUGGUCUAUUCACUUACUUUUGUAAAUAAUAUUUGAUUUUCCGUUUUUUUUUUUUUUAUUUUUUUAUUGAGAAAGAAUACAAUAGGGAACUUAAGCUAACUUAUCCUAAUAACUAUACAAAUCAUGCCCACGUGGAAUGGUGGCAAGAAUACUGGCUGCAUUUCCGCGCUGGACAGCCAGGCUGAUCCUUUGCGCAAAAAAUGAGCCAGCCCUUCUGUCACCAGUCGAGGCAACAAGCCGCGGUGAAAUAGUACGGAAAAAUUUUUUGGCACUGCGACUCCAUGGCCCAAGGGUCUCCACGGCAAAAGGUACAAAUAUGUAACUCUCUGUCAGAGAGGCAUACUUGAGCCACUUACCGGUUUCAGCUUUUUCUGCUGCUAUUUUCCGUUGAAAACAUAACUUAUGUGUAAGUAUUACUAUUUUAUUUUUGUAAAAUGAAGACAUUUCACCUGUUUUAUUAUAUUAAAGUUUUUCAUACAAUGUCUGUUAAUCAGAACUAUAUAUAUUAUUAUUUAUUUAUUAAUAUCAAUGUUGUAAUUCUGCCAUAGAAAUUAACCAAUUAAGAGUUGCCUUUGAUCGACGAGUAAUUCAUAUUCCUUGCUAUAUAAAACAACUUAAAUCAGCGAACUUGCUAUUAUGUACCUAAGAUUUUUUUUACUUUCAUAGUAUAUUAAUAUUAUGUACUUUGUUUUCAAAGGUGCAAAUUAUAUUAUUGAUUAAAAUAUUUGAAAUAGAUUAAGUAUAUUUCAACAAAUUUCCAAUAACAUGUUCGCUUCGCCCACCUUCACCCUAUAAUUUGUAGACAUAUUAUUUGUAUAUUUAUGAAACAUUUUUGUAUACUAAGUAAUGAAAAUGUAGCGUAAUAUUUAUAUUUCACCUCAAAUUAAUGUAUAUGUUAUAAGUAAUUUAUUGUGAAGUUCUCAUCAUUAAUUACAUUGAUUUUUGAAUUUUCUA